AUGAUCCUCUUAGAGUUUAUAGGAAACAUAAUUGUUUCUUAUUUCAUUAUUUAGUUGUUUCAAUAUUGGAUAAAAAAAGAGGAAAACAAGAGGGGAUAAAGAUUACUUGAAGAAGAAUAUAUAAAAAAGGUGGAAUAAGAAAAAAUCAGAGAAGAGCAAGAAAGGAACUAAUAACUCGAAGAAGAAAAAAGAAGGAAAGUGGAAUAAGAAAAAAUAAUAUAGGAGGAAGUAAGGAAAAGAUAGAUUGAAGAAGAAAAUAGAAGAAAAGUUGAAUAGGAAAAAAGGAUAGAAGAGCAAGAAAGGAUAAGGUAAAUCGAAGAAGAGAAUAAAAGGAAGGUCGAAGAAGAGAAUAGAAGAUAGGAGUAGGAAAGGAAUAGAUACCUCGAAGAAGAAAAUAGAAGGAAAAUAGAAUAAGAAAAAAUAAGAUAAUAGCAAGAAGAUAGAAAGAGAGUAUAGCAAUAAAAGGAAAGGAAUAAUUAGCUCUUAUAACCAAUUUAAGAUUAAGUAUUGAAGCAAUAACAAAUUUAAAAACAACCAAUUCAACAAUAAAUAGUGACAUUAAACUAAGAAAUAUAAAAAUUAGACAAUAAUAAUAAACUUACAAAUAAUCAAAAAUAAUAUUAUAAACAUUAAUUUUAAUAAUAACUAUUUACAAAAUUAAAGGAUUCAGGUUAAGCGAAAUCAAUUCCUCAUAUAAAGUAAAAUAUUGAGGCUUCAAAUCCAGAAUUAGCACUUUAUGUUUUAAAGGAAUCGUUAUUAAGAGAUUAAAAUAGAGAAUUACUAGCAACAAGUUAAUAGUAUUCAAAUGGAUUUGAUUCAAUUUUAGGAGCAUAUGGUUCUGAUUAGUCUUGUCUUAAAGUUAGAAACACUAAUCUUGAUUAUGAUUCCAUUGUGAAUGAUACUCAAUUAUUAGAAUAGCAUUUAUUAGAAUUUAAAUAAAAACUAUCAAAUUCACUUAAUAUUUCAAUUGAUUAAAUUGAAAUUUUGGGAGUAUCAAAGGGAAGUUUUGAAAUUAAAUUUUAAAUUACAGGAAACAAAAUCGAUGACAUCCAAUAAUAGAUUUACAAUAAACCAGAAGCCUAAAAAUUUCUGAAGGAAUAUUGUAAUGGCAAAAUUGAAUAGGUAGCUUAUUUUGAUAAAGCAAGUGCAUCAGGAGCUGUUCUAUCUUCUGAUGAUUUUAAUCCUUCUCACAAUAUGAGUUGGGAUGGUUUUCAUGAGAAAGAAUAGAGAGGUCCUCCUUAUCAUAGAUAUGAUUAUUAUUUUCCAAUAGGUUGUUAUGGAUUUGGGUUAAAUGUAAAAAAAUAUGGAGAUAAUUAAGAUUGGAUAUUAAUGAAUGGUAACCAGAAUGAAUGGAGGAUUAUGUAUCAUGGAACAAAACAACACUUUGUUGGUGGAAUUGUGAAAAGUAAUUUACAACCUGGAACUUAAAAUCGUUGUUCCAAUUACACCUGUUUAGAUGAAUUCAACAACCAAGUGAAGGUAGGGAAUGGAAUUUAUUUUUCAAAUAAUUUUAAUGUCUGUAUUAAAGAUGGAUAUGCUAACUACACUUAUAUUGGUGAUAAACAAUUUGCUGUAAUCUUUAUGUCAAGAGUCAAUCCAAAAAAAAUUAGACAAAGUUCAGAAAUGAUCCCAUGGCAAUAUUUUGUUAUUAAUAAAUCAGAAGAUGUUAGACCAUAUAGAAUUUUAUUACAUGAAAAAAAAUGA